GACACGUUCUGUGACGUCAUCGCACUGGACGGCAUACAUGACGUCACGUUCCCAUUUUACUCCUCUACACAUGUACUUCCAAUAUUCGCAUAUCGAGGCACCAUCAGUCAAGUUCGGUUCCACAGCGUUCCACAUUAGGAAUCGAUAAGCUAGAAAUCGACGAUUCUAUGUCCGAGAUCGCGAUUCUACGUCCGAGGUAAUCGAAUCGAACCAAUUUCCGUGAAGACUGCAGCAAAUGGUUGACAUGACGUUUGAAGAGACGGCGGGCAGCAGCGGCCGAAGCAGGAAGGGGGACUACGGACUCCUCCAAAGGGCCGAGAUUACGUGCAACUAUCUGCACAGCAACUCAACCACCCACGAGUUUCUGUUUGGAGCCAUGGCCGAGAUGGUGGACAAUGCGAGGGAUGCGGAGGCGUCGAGGAUGAACAUAUUUUCAGUGGAUGGGGACUUCCGUGGGGGGUACAUCCUGUGCUUUCUAGACAACGGCCAUGGCAUGAGCCCGAGUGAUCUGGCAAACGUGAUGAAGUUUGGAAAAUCCACUAAGCGCAACGCGGCCCACAUCGGGCGCUAUGGGAACGGACUCAAGUCGGGAACGAUGCGGAUUGGGAGGGACAUGAUCAUUCUCACGAAGCAGGCGGCCACCAUGAGCUGCCUCCUUCUGUCCCGCACCUUCCACGAGGAGGAGAAGAUCGAAGAGGUCAUAAUUCCACUCCCGUCGUGGAGGAACGACAACAUGGAGGUCAUCUUGUCAAACGCGCAGAGAUAUCAAACGGAGAUGGACAUCAUCUUCAGGUACUCGCCGUUCAAAUCCCAGGAGAUACUGGAGCAGCAUUUCAAGAAGAUUCAUGGAUCUUCCGGAACCCUCGUAAUGGUCUACAACCUCAUGCUGAUGGAUGACGGGGAGUCUGAGUUGGACAUCACCUCUGAUCCUCGGGACAUCCUCAUGCGGGGUGUGCAUAGGGACUUGAGCACCCCUCCGGAGCGGGUGUCGUUCCGCACGUACCUUGCCAUCCUCUACCUGAAGCCGCAUAUGCGCCUCUACCUGCAGCACCAAAAGGUCAUCACCAAGAGGCUGGACCACGACCUCUACAGACCCUGCAUGUAUAAGUUUGAGUCGUGCCGGUUCCGGGCCCAGGCUGAGAAGGAAACGAAGCAGAAGUCCAAGGAAGUGAAACUGGCGGAGGAGAAGGCCCGGGAGUUGGAGAGCCAGGCCCGAGAACUGGAAAGGAAACUUGACUUUGACAUGGGGCAGAACGCCAGGGCACAGGUCCGCCAGGCUCAGGUCGCAGCCUCUGAGCAGCAGUGUGAGCUGCAAUACCUCCGCAACGAGCUGCAGCAAUACCUGGGGAAUCUACGCAGGCCCAAGCAGCUCUGUUUCGUGCUGGGGUUGAACGUCGAGAGGAGACACCACGACGGUGCCUGCAUCUACACCAGCGGCCGCCUCAUCCGCAUGUACGACCACUUGGGCCCUCAGUCUACCUUAGGCAGGGGGUGUGGCGGCGUGGUGGCGGUGGUCGACGUGCCCUGCAUGGUACUGGAGCCGACGCACAACAAGCAGGGCUUUACCGACUCCACUGAGGUCGCCUUGCUGCUUCGGGCGCUCGCGGAGCACGUGGUGCACUACCGCAUGAUGCUGGGCAUCGCCGGCAACGACGUCUCCAAGUUCUGGGCUAGGUUUGGGUACCUGAGCUGGGGGAACUGGGUCCAGGUCCCCAGCUCGGAGCCUCAGUACCGCCGCUGUAGAGCCAUAGAAGUACCGAUCAACGUGCAGUGCGAUACGUGUCUCAAGUGGCGCUCACUUCCCUUCUGCUCGAAAGGCCUCCACAACCCUUUCCCGGAAGUCUGGGUUUGCUCCAUGAACCCCGACCCCAGGGACAACCGUUGCGAGGCUAUGGAACAGGACCCUCACAUUCCCCUGCAGAUCAUUAAGAAAAAGGCCACGCGUAAAUCUGGCGGCAGCUCGCACACUUGCAGAGACAGCCCCAGCACCUCCUGUGACUCCACAGCCCGAGGGAAGAAGCGACGGAUAACGACGAGGAGCGAGAAAGCGAGCGUUGCGAUCAUCAUUUCUAGCAGCUCGGAAACAGAACAAGGAGGAGAAGAGAGCGACACCCCUUCUGAGCCCAAGCGCAGAUCCCAGCAGAGCAAGGAGCGUAACGAGACGACACGGAGAGAGGCCGGCGAAUCGCGUGAUGCCGAUGUCGUGACCGGAAUAUCUGACCUCUUCAGGAAUUGUCUGGGGUUCCUGUGGUUUCCCGAAUACCACAUUUCUCUGGACAACAUCCGCACCAUGAGCGUGGAAGAACUCAACGCUUUUCCACUGGCGCAGCUGUUGCAGAUGUACCAGGAGAAGAUGUUUCAGGUUAUGGAGCAGGUGGUGGUGCAGAACCAGCGGCACCUUGAGGAGCAGCUAUGCUGCUUCCGCGAGAAAGUGCGAGUGCUUAGAAGCGUCAUAGGGAAGGACGAGAAUCCCGGCGACAACACGGACGCCGGCACGGACGCCUUCUUCGCGCGACUGGUCACAACCUAUGCGCAGAUGGCAGAAUCCAGGCGGUCGACCAAUGACGCGGGGGGGGAGGGUGACACGGGAGGUUGGGGAGAGGCCCACGCCCAGGAGGGCCCCCGCACCGUGCUUUUCACUGACCAUGAGGAGGAGGGGCAGGAGAACGAUGCUGGGUCCCCGCUCAGCCUGGGCCUACAAGACAGACCCACGGUGGAUAUGCAGACCCUGCAGGACGUGACGAUGGAUGUGCCGGUGGCGGAGUAUAAGGUCGUGGAGGUUCCCUUAGAGGAGAUAGACCCCCUUCCCCUGCAUGAUUAGCCAUCCCCCCCUCUCAUACGAUUAACAUUUGUGCACUAGUAGCAUCUAAAUGCAAGCACGUCUCCAAACACUUCACAGGGGGAAAGAUUGUGUAUAUGUAUAGCAAUGUAUAAAUAUAUAUUACGAUAUAUAUCUACAUGAAAACUAAUGGGGAGUUAAGUCUUGACUUCAACCAGGGCAGGAAUGGAGUUUCAAGUGGUGUGGAGUUGCAGAGACGAAGAUAAUUCCCAGGCUCGCACACAUGCGUAGGGAGCGGUAGUGUUAAGGUUAGCGCGCUGUGCUUUUGUUCUCAGCAUGUUAAUGCAUGGCUCACAGUAGAAGUGAAACGUUUAGGCUGUCAUCUGCCUGUACACUCGGCAUGCUCACAAUGUGUGGGAACUACAAUUUAUAAUCUGGCUGUAUUGUAAUGGGAUAACUCAUGCGGCUACUCGAGAUGCUAUGUUUAACAUAUAAAACAUAUACUGGACAUUAAUGAACCAAAGUUAAGGGGAAUUUUAACACGUAGGCUUUCGCGACCAAUAUUCAUAAUAAAAGUUUUUGGGUUAGAUCGCGUUAUUUAUAAAUGUGUCGUAACACUCCACCACCCG